UCCAAUUGGCUCGUUCCAUUUCCGUCUAACCGGAGCUUUCUUCCUCAUUUUCACUACGAGCGAUUGACUGACUGUUCGAACAUGCAGCAGGGCGGAGGAUCUGAAUCGGAGGUCACAUGGGAGGACCAACAGAAUAUUAAUAAAUUUAGUAGGUUGAACAAUCGGUUCCAUGAGCUUGAGGAUGAGAUUAGAACAGCGAAGGAAACAAAUGAUAAUCUAGAGGAUGCAAGUAAUGAGUUGAUUCUCAGUGAUGAAGACGUGAUUCGUUUUCAUAUUGGGGAAGUUUUUGCUCAUGUACCAAGGGAAGAAGUAGAAGGCAGGUUGGAAGAAAUGAAAGAGGAGAAUGUUAAGAACUUGGAGAAACUCGAGGAAGAAAAGGAUUCUAUCGUGGCCCAGAUGGCUGAGUUGAAGAAAAUUCUGUAUGGAAAGUUCAAAGACUCCAUCAAUCUAGAGGAUGAUUAAUACAGAUAAGUUUUCUGAAGCUGUUUUGAUUCUAUGUUUUUUGGAUCUCGAUGUCGUGUUCUUUCAUGUGGUCGUAGUCUUGGAAUCCUCUGAAAUUUUUGGAAAAGUGACCUGAUAGAAAAACUGAUAUUUUAGUCCAGAUCAAUAGAUGUUUGUAGUUGCAUGCUUGUCUCUAUAACAAACAUGAAUAUCCUGUGUUCCUUGACUAGUUUUAUUAAAUGGAUGGAUUCACUGAACUAGUUGCUAAA